AUGCCAAGAACUGAGCCUCCAUUCAUACCAAGCGAAUACCGGCCUCCGAUAUGGGUGCGUGUUCUUCCGGCCCUCGAAAACAUCUUCUACGGAGCAAAUCUUAGUAACAUCCUUUCGGCGCAUAAAACUGUUGUACUUGACAUCCUCGCAUGGCUACCCUACGGCAUCAUACAUUUUGGUGGCCCUUUCGUGUGCGCUAUCUUCAUCUUCCUCUUUGGGCCUCCGACCACACUUCCGGUUUUUGCCCGCACAUUCGGAUACGUCAAUUUGAUUGGAGUCAUGAUACAAAUUCUGUUUCCCUGCUCACCGCCCUGGUAUGAGAACAUGUAUGGUCUGGCCCCCGCAAAUUACUCCAUUCAAGGUUCUCCAGCUGGACUGGCUCGUAUCGAUAAGCUUUUCGGCGUUGAGCUUUACACAUCGACUUUCACAGCAUCACCUUUGGUGUUUGGCGCGUUUCCUUCGUUGCACUCUGGUAACGCAACGAUUGAGGCUCUCUUCAUGAGCCACCUUUUCCCCCGAUGCAAGCCCAUUUUCAUCGCUUACACGUUGUGGCUUUGGUGGGCAACCAUGUAUCUGUCUCAUCAUUACGCAGUCGACCUGGUGGGUGGUAGUCUCCUCUCUGGAGUCGCUUUCUACUAUGCCAAAUCAACAUUCCUGCCACGCAUUCAGCCUGACAAGACUUUUCGCUGGGACUACGAUUACGUUGAAUUCGGAGACACCCCUGCGGAGUACGGGUACGGCCGGGCCGGUCUUGAUGGUCUUGAAGCCGGUGCUGAUGAGUGGACUGUUGGGUCUUCGUCCUCGAUCUCAUCCGGAUCAUUAAGCCCUACUGAGGAAAGCCAACCUCCCUUCAGGGACUUGCAAACAAAAAUGGAUAGAUAA